GGACUCCAAGCGCCGACAGACCAACAACCAGAACUGGGGCUCCCAACCCAUUGCCCAGCAACCCCUGCAACAAGGUGGUGACUAUUCUGGUGAAGACGCGAGAACGGCCACGGUUGAGUGAGUGUGGAACACCUCUAUUCUCUGCUGUGUUCUUCCCCAAAGAAGGGGUGCGUGUCAGAGGUGGCCCCGACCCAGUCUUGUCACGAUGUGGACUUGCUAGGUGGGGCUCGCAGUCAGAGGCAGCUGUGAGGACUAUGGGGGUAAGUUUAGGACGUUUCUUCCGAAACCGUUCUCUUUCACUGUUUUUCUUACUCUUCCCAUUAUUCAGGUUUCACCAAAUUCCUGUGGGGAUUAAGAUCCUGAAAGCAGAAGUCAGUUUCUGGGUGAGGUAAGAGAGAAAAGUAUCCCUUAACCCUUUACACGUAUACGGGUUGAAAAUGGCAGGUUUGGGGACUGAUAAGCGCUUAAAUUGGAACGCAGUGGCUGUACAGUAACAUGCUAUAAGUGACGUCAGAGGACAGGCUCUGCGCUUCACAGCGCUGUGUGGGUUUUGACUGACAGCCAUUCUGAGCUUGAGCACCGCAUGCGACAAGAAGUUGCCCCCAUCCCUCCCGCUAAUUGGGCAACUUUUGUAAUUUUUUUGUUGUCCGAGUGAGGAAAAUGCUGUAAAUUAAGAGGACUCAACAAUGUAUUUUGAAAGAUGAGACAUUGAGGAUUAUAAUAAAUACUGCUUUGAUGUCAUACAAGCAAGCCAAAUACCUGUGAGUCCAAAUGUCCACUUCCAUAUCAUAAAACUCAUGUGAUAUACAGUGUCAACAUUUAUGAGGACUGUUUGUACAGUUACAAGAUGACAUGGUGUCAUACCCUGGGUUGUUCUGAACAGAUGGAAGAAAAUCUCGCCUGAAUGCACCUCAUGACUCCUUUCUAUGCACACCAAAAUUACAAUCUGUUUCUCUGAAUUGCUUUGUGAAAGCCUGACACUGUAAGAUCAUAUUUUAUAACUUAGCUAGUCAUGUUGGCAAUAAAACAAGCCCACUUGACCUGUAUUGCAAUUUAUAAUGUGCUGUUUUUGGAUUGCGUAAACAACAACAGUAAUUGUGUGAUGGCUGGGAUGCAGGGUUGUCUUCCAAACGAAACAACUACAAGUGUGCUUGGCCUAGUUCCUCAACAGCACAGCUAGGAGAGCUACAAAAAACCUGAACACCAGUUAGUCCUCUCAUUCAAACCCUUAUGUUGCACCUAACCCACAUUUUCCAGGAAUAUUCUUAUGUAAGUAAUGGAUCCAGACUAUUUAAGAUUUCGUUAUCAACAAAUGCAGCAAAAAGUACAGCAAAUGUCAAAUGCACUUUAUAAGACCCAAGUUGAGGACAAAACAGUUCACCUGACACAAGACUGAAUUCAAACAUUACACUGUUUAAUUUACAGUGCAUUCGGAAAGUAUUCAGACCCCUUGACUUUUUCCACAUUUUGUUACAUUACAGCUUUAUUGUUAAAUGUAUUAAAUCCUUUUUCCCCCCUCAUCAAUUUACACACAAUACCUCAUAAUGACAAAGCAAAAACAGGUUUUUAGAAUUGCUUGCAAAAUUUCUUUUUUCACUGAAAUCACAUUUACAUAAGUAUUCAGACCCUUUACUCAGUACUUUGUUGAAGCAUGGGUAUGACGCUACAAGCUUGGCACACCUGUAUUUGGGGAAGUUUCUUCGAUUCCUCUCUGCAGAUUCUCUCAAGCUCUAUCAGGUUGGAUGGGGAAAAAUGAUGUAUUCACCUUAUUUGUUGGAUAUGUAAAAAUAUUUUUUUUACUAGAGAUAGAGGUACUAGAGGUUUUUAGUAGAGAUAGCUUGAAACUGACAAAUGAUUGAUGUUGGUGAUAAAAACCUAAAAGCUGCCAUUCUAUAGACAAGAUGUGGUGUGUGUGUGUCACACCCUGGCCUUAGUAUUCUUUGUUUUCUUUAUUAUUUUAGUUAGGUCAGGGUGUGACAUGGGUAAUGUUUGUGUUUUGUUGGUUUUGGGUGAUUAUAUGGUAAAGGGGGUGUUGGGUGUAUUGUAUGGGUUUGUGUGUAGUGCAUGUGUCUAGUGUUGUCUAUGUAUGUUUAGUUGUCUAGGAGAGUCUAUGGUUACCUGAAUGAGUUCCCAAUUAGAGACAGCUGAUUUCGGUUGUCUCUGAUUGGGAGCCUUAUUUAGGGUAGCCAUAGGCUCUCAUUGGUUGUGAGUAAUUGUCUAUGUAAAACGUUUGUAGCCUUUAUGUAUGUGCACAACGUUUGUAGCUUCACGGUCGUUUUGUUGUUUUGUUCGUUUUGUUAAAGUGUUUCGUGUUUAUUUUUUGUCAUCUUUUAAAAUAAAAGAAGAUGGCUUAUUUUCCAACUGCUGCGUUUUGGUCCGUCAAUCCCCCACACGAUCGUGACAGAAUUACUCACCAUAGGACCAAGCGGCAUGGAAGGCGGCAACAGGACCUACCUACACAGGAUUUCUGGAGAUGGGAGGACGAAUUGGAAGGAAAGGGACCUUGGGCUCAACCUGGAGAAUAUCGCCUCACUCGUGAAGAGCUGGAGGCAGCGAAAGCCGAGAGGAGGCGAUAUGAGGAGGCAGCACGGAGACAAGGCUGGAAACCCGUGAGUACAACCCAAAAAUUUAUUGGGGGGGGCCUUAAAGGGAGUGUGGCGAAGUCAGGUAGGAAACCUGCGCCUACUCCCUGUACUUACCGUGGAGAGCGAGAGUACGGGCAGACACCGUGUUACGCAGUAGAGCGCACGGUGUCUCCUGUACGCGUGCAUAGCCCGGUUCGGUACAUUUCAGCUCCACGUAUCGGCCGGGCUAGACUGAGCGUUGAGCCGUAUGUCAUGAAGCCGGCCCAACGCAUCUGGUCACCAGUGCGUCUCCUCGGGCCGGCGUACAUGGCACCAGCCUUACGCAUGGUGUCCCCGGUUCGCCUACAUAGGCCGGUGCGGGUUAUUCCACCUCCCCGCACUGGUCAGGCGACGGGGAGCAUACAACCAGGUAAGGUUGGGCAGGCUCGGCGUUCAAGGGAGCCAGUACGCCUGCACGGUCCGGUAUUUCCGGCGCCACCUCCCCGCCCCAACCCAGUACCACCAGUGCCUCCUCCACGCACUAGCUAUAUGGUGCGUGUCUCCAGCCCUUUACCACCAGUGUCUAAACCACGCACCAAGCCUCCUGUGUGUCCCCAGAGUCUUGUGCGUCCUGUUGCUGCCCCCCGCACUAACCCUGAGAUGCGUGUCCCCAGCCCGGUGCCACCAGUCCCGGCACCACGCACCAGGCCUACAGUGCGCCUCAGCCGGCAGGAGUCUGCCGUCUGCACAGCAAUGACUGAACUGUCCGUCUGCCAAGCGCCAUCUGAGCCAUCCGUCUCCCCAGCGCCAUCUGAGCCAUCCGUCUCCCCAGCGCCAUCUGAGCCAUCCGUCUGCAAUGAGCCUGCAAAGCUGCCCGUCUGCCAUGAGCCUGCAAAGCCGCCCGUCUGCCAUGAGCCCACUGAGCCGUCCGCCAGACAGGAGCCGCUAGAGCUGCCAGCCAGACAGGAGCCGCUAGAGCUGCCAGCCAGACAGGAGCCGCUAGAGCUGCCAGCCAGACAGGAGCCGCUAGAGCUGCCAGCCAGACAGGAGCCGCUAGAGCUGCCAGCCAGACAGGAGCCGCUAGAGCUGCCAGCCAGACAGGAGCCGCUAGAGCUGCCAGCCAGACAGGAGCCGCUAGAGCCGUCCGUCAGACAGGAUCUGCCAGAGCCGCCAACCAGACAGGAUCUGCCAGAGCCGCCAACCAGACAGGAUCUGCCAGAGCCGCCAACCAGACAGGAUCUGCCAGAGCCGCCAACCAGACAGGAGCAGCCAGAUCAGUCAGCCAGCCAUGAGCAGCCAGAUCAGUCAGCCAGCCAUGAGCAGCCAGAUCAGUCAGCCAGCCAUGAGCAGCCAGAUCAGUCAGCCAGCCAUGAGCAGCCAGAUCCGUCAGCCAGCCAUGAGCAGCCAGAUCCGUCAGCCAGCCAUGAGCAGCCAGAUCCGUCAGCCAGCCAUGAGCAGCCAGAUCCGUCAGCCAGCUAUGAGCAGCCAGAUCCGUCAGCCAGCCAUGAGCAGCCAGAUCCGUCAGCUAGCCAUGAGCAGCCAGAUCCGUCAGCUAGCCAUGAGCAGCCAGAUCCGUCAAUCAAUCCCUUUCUGGAGACCUGA